AUGUCCGAGGAAACUGAUUCAGUCCAACCUGAGAGCAACGGCCUCGAGGCCCAAGUGCGCGCAUUGACGGAAACCGUCGCGCAAAGCAUCCUGAGCUCACAGACGCUCGCUAGCACACAAGCAUCUGCAUCGAGCCAAACACUUCAGCCCGAUGGAAUCGCCCAGCAAACCUCCGAGCAGCAGGCUGGGACCACCAGUGGUGUCCCCGAGAUCCCUGUCAAGCGCGGCAGGGGGAGACCCAAGGGCAGUGGCAAGAAGCAUCUCAUCGAAGACACUAGCCCCAAGAUCAAACGCCCUGUUGGGCGGCCCCGCAAGGACGGAUUGCCAGCUGGAUCCGUAGGCGCUCCCCGUCGUCCUCCAGGACGUCCUCGCAAGAUCCCCCCUGGCCAGUUCGCCUCCGGGUCAGCGACGACCCCUUACCCGCCUGCCCCUACCAUGCCUACCAAUAUCCGCUGGGCUAACCAAGCCUGGACGGGGAGCAUCUCAGCACCGCCAACCCAGCCAUUCCAGCCAACCUCGCUGCCAUCCUUCAAGAUAGAUCCCAGUCUGGAUGCGGGCAACUGGAACACGCUCGCGCAGACCCACCCGGAUCACCUCCUGGGCUCCCUCCUCUCGUCCCUCGCUGCCCCGAACCCCACCUCCGCAGCGGGGACCACCGUCGAGGACGCGUUCAAGGCUCACAUAAACUUCCUCGCUUCCUCCGCGGAGCCAGGCAAACCCGCAUCGCACAUUCCACAGCUCUACUCCACCAUGAAGACGUUCUGGCUCCCCUCCACGCCGGCCUACUUCGCGCUCACCGCGUCGGCAUCCACCGCGCGCACACCGCCCGAAUACCGCUUCCUCUACUGGGACCCGCUGCCGCUCGUCUUCAACGGGCUCUCGUGCCCGUACUGCGCCUCGCCGCUCGCGAAUCGGGGCCGCAUACAGUCCGGACCGAUCAAGGUGUACGACCUCCACAAGCCGUUCUUCGUCAUCGCGUGCGAGUACGCCUGUGAGGGCGCGCAUUGCGUCGCGCAGACGUCGAACGAGGGCCGCAAGUUCUCGAGUGUCGAUCGGUCAAUCCUGCAGGCGCUGCCGGAGAAACUGCGUGAAGAGCUCCCCGCGGUGCUCCUGCACGGCGACACAGACCUUGGGUCCGGACCGAACGUCUGGUGCUGGCGGGCGAUGGGCGCCUCCAAGGACCUCUGGAAUCUUGUCAGAGGCUGCUUGCGCCUCGGCGCGGGCAAGGACGCUAUCAUGUUGAUCAUACGGGGAAUCCAGGAGGGUGUCCCCGACGAUUGGUUUGCCGUGAAGCACGAGUCGGAGGAAGACGCUGAAGGCGAGGUCGUUGAUUCUCGCGAAUCCGAACCGCCUGCUGGGCCAUCUGCAGGUACCUCAGAGCAACAGACAGAAGCUUUCGCCGUUGCUUGGGCAGCCCAGGAUAACGGCUCAAUAUCUGCUGGUCCCUCCGGCCAAACGCAGGAAACCACUCUGGCACAAGACGUUACCGGCUCACCGGUGGCACAGCAGGAGCAGGCUGCCACCCCUGCUCCAGUCGCUCCGGCUCCGGCACAGACGUCAACAACGAUAGCACCCACACCAGGCCCGUCACAACCAGCGCCUUUCACACAGUCAGGGGCGUAUGGCCAAUAUCCCUACGCACCCUACGCAUAUGGCUUCUACCAGCCCCCGGCGGCGACACCCUAUGCAGCCGAUCAGAAGUCGUCCUUGAAACGGCCCUCCGCGGAAUCCUCUGGGGCCGCAGACGACGAGCCGGCGCAGAAGCGUUAUCGGCACUGUUGCAAAUGCGGCAGUCAAGAAUGCAAGGGCAAGGGCGGACGGGCGUUCUGCUUUAAUCCGUGUCAGGACUGCGGAAAGUUGGCAUGUAAAGGACGCAACAGCAAACGUCCCGACAAAACUUGCGCUGACGCUUGGUCGUAA